CAAAUCACUAAAGUUUGACAAGGUCUAUUACAAAACGUAAUCGUAGUCUGUGUUGGUGUUCUCUUCUAGCUUGUUUUUGUAGCUAAGAGCUAAGAGUUAAAAUUAAAAGAAAGAAUAGGUACUUCGAUGGUGUUCUUUGAUUUUGUAUCAGUGAUCAUCAAAUUCAAGUGGAAAUGGUUCGAGUAAACAGCCUAAUGACCACCCAGGAGGGUGUAAAAACACCACAUCGUAUUGAACUGUGCGAAAAGAAGCUUGUUAAACCCACACGAAAUUAUAGAAAACGCAGGAUUAUCACAACUGCCCUUGUAAAGACUGAAAAUGAAGAAUUGACCUUGGAACCACCUCCAAAGAAAGCAGAACUAAAGUCAAAGCCUCUGAAGGCAUCUAAUGGUAUUUCAAACAUGACACAUGGCAGCACAGCAAGAUCGAGGGCGACCAGAGCAGCCGCGCGUGCUGCUGACAGUCACAAACUCACAGAGUAUUUUAAAGAAGAACUCAAAGUUCCUAAAGUAGAACCACCUUCACCUCCACCUCCACCUCCACCAAUGCUACAAAAUGAUACUAAAGCAGAAAUGUUAUCUAAAGAAAAAAUCCUAACCAAACUCGAUGCCAAAGUAAAUGGAAGCACUAAUCACAAGUUGACAGAAUACUUUCCUGUUAGGCGUAGUGUAAGAAAGACAUCCAAAUGUGUUAUGGCAGAAAAGAUGAGAGAUUUAGAAAGAGCAAUAAGGGAACAAAGAGAAGAUGGUCUUCAGGUAAAAUAUUUUGACGGCAAAGGGCGCGGCGUUAUCGCUACGCGUGCGUUCGGGCGCGGUCAGUUUGUGGUGGAGUACGCCGGCGAGCUGGUGGGAGUGGCCGAGGCGCGCGAGCGAGAGUACAUGUAUGCCCAGGACCCCAAUGCCGGAUGCUAUAUGUAUUACUUUAGACUUCAGGAUCAACAGUAUUGUAUCGACGCCACGGCAGAGUCGGACCGGCUGGGUCGCCUGGUGAAUCAUUCCCGCAACGGCAACCUGUUGACGAAGGCGGUGUGGGUGGACGGGCCGCGCCUCGUGCUGCUGGCGGCGCACGACAUCGCGCCGGGGGAGGAGCUCACCUACGACUACGGCGACCGCUCCAAGGAGUCGCUGAGACACCACCCCUGGCUCGCACUUUGACCUGGGUCUGCAUCCAGUAAUCUCAAUUUGUCUACUAACGAUUAUUUAUUAAUUUAAAGUUAGUUAAUACAAAGUUUGUUAUAGUUUUGUUUGAGUUUGGACAUCAGCUAUAUUAUUGUUAAGUAGUGAGAAAAGUGGCCUACUCUAGUUUGAUAUAUCAACAGGGUGGACGUUAAGGGAAAAACUGCCACUCAUAAUAAUUGAUGUAUUUACUAUGAUAGUGACUCGUGUAAGACAAAAGUGACAAAUGUAAUACUAUUCUUCCAUCAGAAUUGUCCAAUUUUGACGAUUUGGAGAUUGUUGAGGAAGUAGUGUUAUAUUUCUUAUUAAGUUAAACAUUACAAGACGGUAUUUAAAGGUCUGUAAUGGUUAUAAUAAUAAGGUAUCAGUAUUUUCUAUGUUAAAAAAAAUUUACUUGUUUUGGGAAUAGAGAAAAUUAAUUUAUCUUAUCUCGAAUUUUUCGUUACAAUGUUAUACAGUACUCAUGAAGAUUAAUAUUAACUUAUAAUCAAGUUUUGUUUUAAUUAAUUUAACACAUUAUUAUAAUAAUAACCACAAAAAUAUAUGUCAUAGUUCCUGUUAGUGAACUUUGCAUAAUUAUACCUAUUUUACAUUUUAUUUAUUUAGAAAUAAAACAACCAGAGCCACUGAAAUUAUAUGGUACAAAUAUAAUAAUUAUUGAAUUUUACAUAAGUAAUCAUGGCGCCAGACAUGAGGGCAAACAUUAAUGGAAUUUUUUUUCAAAAUAAUUGCAUCUGGUAAGAGGUGCUUUGCGAAUUGCAUUCACAUUCAUCACAGACAAAUGAUAAAACAGUCCACGAUUUUGUGGACAGAGUCUGUUUGUUUUAUUGAAUACUUAUAAUUAUUUAUUUCAUACUAAAGGAUGCCCGCGACUUCGUCCGCGUGGAUUUAGGUUUUUAAAGAUCCUGUGGGAACUGUUUGAUUUUCCGGGAUAAAAAGUAGCCU